AAACAAAAAUUCUGAACGCUGCCUAUCUUGAGCUUCUAAAUUCUAAUAGCUCUUUGUCCCCUCGAAGCCCAGCGUUUCUCGAUAAUGGCGGCUUCCUUCUCACGAUCUCCCAUCACGCCCCUUCACCGCCAAAACAACUGCAAAUUCCCGCCCUUGGAUCCAAUGGCGAGAGUGCACAUUAGUACUCCUGGAAUAUCUUCGAAGCGGCGCUGUAAUAUCUCUCUGGCCUAUGUGCCCAACGACAAUGAUGAGAACGCGAAGUCUCGAGAAUUGCAGAGAAGUUUGGAAGACUUUCCCUCUGAAACCCUUUCAAAAGGUUCACAUUCGCUUCCCAGGCCUUUGUCUUCGACCCAUUUGUCUAAUAAGCUCUCUGAUAGGUCUCGCCUUCGGGUGGCAUACCAGGGAGUUCAUGGUGCCUACAGCGAGUCUGCUGCGGAGAAGGCCUACCCGAACUGUCAAGCUGUUCCUUGUGAGCAAUUUGAAACUGCUUUUGAGGCUGUUGAAAGUUGGCUUGUUGAUAGAGCAGUUUUGCCAAUUGAGAAUUCUCUUGGGGGGAGCAUUCACAGGAACUAUGACCUUUUACUUCGCCACAGGUUGCAUAUAGUUGGGGAAGUAAAGUUUGCAGUCCGACAUUGCUUACUAGCCAAUCAUGGUGUUAAAGUUGAAGACCUCAAGAGGGUUCUUAGCCAUUCUCAGGCUCUUGCUCAGUGUGAGAACACACUAACAAAGUUGGGAUUGGUCAGAGAAGCAGUGGAUGAUACUGCUGGUGCAGCUAAGUUUAUUGCUUUCCACAAACUGAAAGAUGUGGGAGCCGUUGCAAGCUCUGCUGCUGCAAGGAUCUAUGGUUUGAAAAUACUUGCUCAAGACAUUCAGGAUGAUUCUUAUAAUGUUACUCGAUUUCUUAUGCUGGCAAGGGAACCCAUAAUUCCUGGCACAGACAGGCCAUUCAAGACAAGUAUUGUUUUCUCAUUGGAGGAAGGUCCUGGGGUGCUUUUCAAGGCACUUGCUGUAUUUGCCCUAAGGCAGAUCAACCUUACAAAAAUUGAAAGUCGUCCAUUGAGGAAUCAGCCUUUGCGAGCAUCCAAUGAUACCAAUAAUGGGAGUCCAAAAUACUUUGAUUAUCUUUUCUAUGUGGAUUUUGAAGCAUCAAUGGCCGACCAAAAUUCACAGAAUGCCCUCAGGCACCUGAAGGAGUUUGCUACAUUCCUGAGAGUGCUAGGGAGUUACCCUGUGGACACUAGCAUGAUAUAACUAAUUAUUAAGCCUGGAUUCAGUGCUUGAGUUCAGUUAUGGCAUGUUACAUUGUAAAGGUAUUUCUUUCUUUUGUUUUAUUGUUUGAAUUUAAAUAGAAACAACAAAUUCAUUGUAUUCAGUUGGUGAGUGCAAAUCAUUCCAAAAUACUCAAAUUAUGAGCAGAAGUAGAAAAGUAUUUUCAGCUCCUUCAAAGAAGGUAAAAAAAAUCUAAACCAGAAGAAACCUAUUGAUUUGCGCCUUGUUUGAUUAGCUGAUCUGCAACUUGAUUAGCUGAGCACCAAUCCAAGAGAAAAAGCAUCCCCACUCUACCAAUCUCUAUAAUUUUGCGAAGCCAACCUUAGCCACAAGCCUCUCUUAUUGUUAAAUAUCAAUUUAUUUAUGAUGUACGUGGUUGGACUUAGUCUCUAGAACCUUCUGAUUUAGAUGUUCUCUUGCUCCGGAGUCGUGUCUCCACUCUCAUGCAUUGGAUUCCUCUCUCAACGUUGCCACAAUAGAUUGGCAGGAUUUUCUGAACACACUGCCCUAGAUGAAUGCAGAGUCCAUCCUCAUCAAUUUUUGGAGCUACUUUGGAUGAUAUGUGUUCAAUUAGUUGAAAAUCGAGAAAAAGAAAGUAGCGAAAAGUUUCAAAGAACAACCUGAUAAGUUACUAGAGUGUUGUAAGAUUAUUUGUUGAUGUCAUGGUUUUUAUUAAUGAGACUGACUUAGCUUUGUUUGUAAAUGAUGAGAAGAAAUUCAAACAAAUGAUAAUUUCAGAUAUAGAAUCAAAGAUUUUAGGAUAUUGACGGUGUAAGUAAAUAGGACACUUUUAGCAAACCUAUUAGCCUCCUGAUUGGCCAACUCAGGUGUCCAGUUCAAGAACCCACCAUCCUCUCCCUUCCAUGUGUUGACACUGGAAAGGCUUCAAUGCGCUAAAUCAACAUAGAUAUUAUUGGCCUGUUUGUCGAAAUGUUUGUCAACAUGUCAUGUUUGUUUUAAAUUUCUCCCACAUUUUUAAUUUUCUAUUUUCCACAAAAAAAUAUUAGCAUAUAUUGGUAUGUAUUGCUACGAUGUUUUUACUGUUUUAUUCCGAUUAUGUUGGCAUUCCCUCUCUGAUGCUCAUGGCUUCUCCUUUGUCAUGCUAAUGCAGAUAGUAAUUACUGAUGUAUCAAGAAAUGAAGACUCGUGUUAUAUAGAUUUGUUUUUCUCCAUCAAUCGUUUCUUAUAGAUCCAACACAACCAUGAAAUACAGAAUCUGGGCUAACAUCUAAUCUAGUUAUGCAAUUUGUCUUUCCCCGUUUUCCUUAUAUUUUCAAUGUAAUUACUGGACGUAGUUGUGACACAUUAAAUGAGCUUAAGGUUAUUUUAUAAUAUUUGUGUAUCUGUUUUUACUUUGA